GUUUGACUAUAAAUAUGAGGUCCGACUGCAGUCAACAAUCAUUCAAAACAACUUUUCAAUUCAUUUGUAUUUGAAAAGAAAUUUUAGCAAACUAUCAACAAAAUGAGGCUGUAUAUAAUAUGUUUGGCAGUUAUGUUGGGUGUCCUUCUCAUCGGUCGCAGUCGGGCCGAGUUUAGCGACUUCGGCGACUUUGAUAACGACGACUUUGGCAGUGAAAUGACAUCGGGCAGUGACCUGUCCUCUGGUGGCGACGACGGUGGCGGUGGAGGUCUAUAUUCUAGAGGAGGAGGUGGUGUCGAUCUGUACUCAAGUGCUGAUAUGUCUCACGAUCUCGUGUUUGACGAAACAACGUUUGACUCGUUUGGCGACGACUCUGACCUACUGUCCGGUCAUAAAGGUUGGAAAAAGAAGGGCUGGAAGAAACACGGACACGGAAAGUGGAAAAAGAAAGGACACAAGGGCUGGAAAAAACACGGGGGCAAAAAGGGGUGGAAAAAACACGGUAAGGGAUGGAAGAAACACGGAGGUCAUAAAAAGGGAUGGAAAAAGCACGGGGGUCACAAGGGAUGGAAAAAACAUGGAGGCCAUAAAAAGUGGAAAAAGUGGUAAACAUACUAUACUUAUCGGACACCGGAAAACCUACAAACUUAAUGGCAUUCAUUAUACGGACUAUGACUUUGUUAUCAUCUUAAUCAUCAUUG